AUGUCAUACCGAGGCAACACAAAGAGGAGAGAGGAGGGAAGCAUUGCCAGCAGGAUCAAACUUCCCUCCCAUCAUCAGCAGCAGUGUGUUGUCAGUAGGCUACAUAUUUGUGUGUGUGUGUGUGUGUGUGUGUGUGUGUGUGUGCAGUCAGAUCCUUGUGCAAAUGCGCAGUGAGAGAGACCUCCCCAGUCCACACUGGUUCAGUAUUUUGGAGCCUAACCUGUAGGUCGGUGCACCGCUGUGAAAAGCAUGAAAACUGGGAUCCAGCAGCUCACAGGACGAGUGAGAGGAAGGUGCGCACCAACGAGCUGAACCUUCAGGGCCGUCAAUAGGGAACCAUGUGCAGCUCCCUGAGCCCCAAACAGCCCAGUGGCCCCGGCCUCACAGAUAUGCAGCAGUAUCACCAGUGGCUGGCCAGUCGACAUGAAGCCAGCCUGCUGCCCAUGAAGGAAGACCUGGCCCUGUGGCUCACUAAUAUUCUCGGUCUGGAAAUCACCGCCGAGAGCUUCAUGGAUCGCUUAGACAAUGGCUUCCUGUUGUGCCAGCUGGCUGAGACACUACAGGAGAAGUUCAGGCAAAGUAAUGGAGACCUGCCUGCCCUCGGCAACAGCAAGCAGAGUAUUCCCUAUCGGAGGAUACCAUGCCGGCAGAGCGCUCCCUCCGGUUCCUUUUUUGCACGGGACAACACAGCCAACUUCUUGGCUUGGUGUCGUAAGGUCGGAGUUGGAGAAACAUGUCUGUUUGAGUCAGAGGAUUUAGUUCUUCAUAAGCAGCCACGAGAAGUGUGCCUCUGUCUUUUAGAGUUGGGACGGAUAGCAUCACGGUACAAUGUGGAGCCUCCUGGCCUCAUAAAACUGGAGAAAGAGAUUGAACAAGAAGAGAAAGCACCUCUACCACCUCCAUCACCUGUAUCCCCAGCUCAGCCCCUCCCUCCAUCUCCCUCUUCAUCUCCUACCCCGUCUCCUUCCCCAUCUCCGACUCCUACCAAAGUCAGUUCCAGCAAGAAAAGUACAGGGAAGCUGUUGGAUGAUGCUGUAAGACACAUUGCUGAUGAUCCCCCCUGCAGAUGUCCGCAUAAAUUCUGUGUAGAGAGGCAGUCACAGGGUCGAUACCGUGUUGGGGAGAAGAUGCUUUUUAUCCGGAUGCUGCACAACAAGCAUGUGAUGGUGCGUGUUGGUGGAGGCUGGGAGACCUUUGAGAGCUACCUGCUGAAACACGACCCAUGCCGCAUGCUCCAAAUCUCCCGGGUGGAGGGCAAGACGUCCCCCAUCAGCAGCAAGUCCCCCAACAUCAAGGACCUCACCCCUGACAGCUACCUAGUGGUGGCAGCCCACUACCGCAGCAAGAAGUGAAGACUGAGUGAGACUGAAAAGUGCCAUUAAUAAAAGGACAUUGUUUACUCCCUAAUGGACGUGGCUAUGUAACAUAUCCCUGUUCUUACACAUAUUAUGGCUACAGACACAAAAGCAUUCAUGGAAAACACACUUGUGUAAUAGUGAUGCUUUGGUUUUGUUUUUUUCUGUCAAAGAGAAUUCAGUCAAAUGGAUGUUUGUGAAUCCUGGAAUCACACUAGUAGGCCCUUAACAAUGUGUUUUAUUUAGUUUCACAGAACUGUUAACCAGCUUUGAAAAUGUGUCAAGCAUUACAAUAUAAUGAGUUAACUUGGUAAAAGUGAAGCUGUACAUUUUCUUGAGUUGUUUUUUUCAGUCACUAAUUGUAUUAUAAACAAUAUAUCACUUAUAGUAGGUAGAAGCUUUUCAGUUUUUUCUGAAUGGAAGUGGUGGAGGUUUCAGGAGCUUUAAGAAGCCAUCCUUGGCAAGCUGGUGUGUGAUGGAAAGCAAGUAGACAUUUUCCACCAAGUCAAUAUAUUGUUUGCCCCCCUUUUUUGAUUUGCCAUUUGGCUGUUAUUGUUAUCCUAAAUGCCUUACAGUACAUUGAAUACACAGGUGGCUCCAAUGGCCACUGCACUCAAGUUGCAAAUUAAACUUUAACUGACAUUAGAAGAAUGGAAAACUUACUGUCCAAAGAAAUGUAAUUUACCAAAUCUUUACACGAUACUCCACUGUAUAGUAUUCUUGUAAAAACUGCCAAAUCUCUCCUAAAAAGCAAACAUUGGUCAUAAAAUAUUAUGGCUUUUUGUUUAUGAUGUUUUAUUCUAUUAGGCUAAGAAAAUGAAGCAAUGCUUAGAUUGUUUACAUGUUGAAUAACUAUUCUAUGCAAUACAUUUUUAUACAAUUAUAAUGUUUUAAUAAUUAUUCAUUAUUAGGAUAGCUCCUGUUUUAUAUAAUUUCUAUUGUAAGAACAUGAACAAUCACCUGUACAAGAUUCAGUAUGUAGUUAAAUAGUACCUUGUUGAUUUAUGAUUGAUAAUAAUACAGCAGAUUUACUCAUUUGAGGUCCUGCAGUUCUUCAGUUUGUUGUAUGUUACUGACCUCUAGAGGUAGUGCAAUCAUUGAAACUUGAUGAAUAAUCUGUUUCCUUGGUUUAGAUUCUGACAAUUAAUAGAUAUAAUUCACAACAUUAUCAUUCAGUGUAUUAAUUGUACAACUUUUUACCUGGAAAAUAAAUAUGUGGGUUUGGUAUGAGAUCACUGGCUAUGCAAAGUAACCCACAGGCUUGUAUGUGAAGUACAUAAGUCCAAUUUCUGUUUUUAGAUGUACAUUUUCAAUAAAUUCUUAAAACUUUAAACUUCA